AAGAAGAUGAUGAAGAGAUUCCUGAAGAACUAGCAGUUUGCAAAUUUUGCUUCAACAAAUUUGUCGAAGAAAACGUUCUCAAGACAAAAUGCAAUUGCAAAACUGGUCUUGCCCAUGACAAAUGUGCAUCUCACCACUUCAAUGAGCUAGGAAAUAACAUGUGUGAAGUCUGCGACCAAGAGGUUGAAACAACACCAGUAACUUUGCUUCGACGCCCAUUCUCUCCGGAGAAAGAGAAGCCAAAAAACAAGAAACAUUGCUUCGGAUUACGAAUGAAAAGAGGAAAGUGGGCUUGCUGUUCGAGCAGAGUUGGGCAGGCUGGGCUGGGCAGGGCAGAAGAAGAUGAUGAAGAGAUUCCUGAAGAACUAGCAGUUUGCAAAUUUUGCUUCAACAAAUUUGUCGAAGAAAACGUUCUCAAGACAAAAUGCAAUUGCAAAACUGGUCUUGCCCAUGACAAAUGUGCAUCUCACCACUUCAAUGAGCUAGGAGAUAACAUGUGUGAAGUCUGCGACCAAGAGGUUGAAACAACACCAGAAAGUGGGCUUGCUGUUCGAGCAGAGUUGGGCAGGCUGGGCUGGGCAGGGCAG